CUUCGACUUUGACUCCGGAGUCCUCUGGCAUCCGCCAUUAGAGCCCCUCUUCCGAGCCGAGCCGAGGGAUCUCUGAGAGUGGAGGCCUGAAAAAAUUGAAAUUGUGUGUCCAGUCCGGUGUGCAAGUGCCCUAGGAACUGUCCCAGAACGGAUAAACUUUAAUAGAGCACAGGCACACCCUCCCGGUUGGUGUCUGACUGAGCGUGUGAGCCGCUCGACCCUUACUCGCACACACAACUCCCCCUCACACACACAGCCAUGUCUGUCGACAAGGAAGAGCUGGUCCAGAGGGCGAAGCUGGCCGAGCAGGCCGAGCGCUACGACGACAUGGCGGCCGCCAUGAAGGCCGUGACGGAGACCGGCGUCGAGCUGUCCAACGAGGAGCGCAACCUGCUGUCCGUGGCGUACAAGAACGUGGUCGGCGCCCGGAGGUCGUCCUGGAGGGUCAUCUCCAGCAUCGAGCAGAAGACGGAGGGCUCCGAGCGGAAGCAGCAGAUGGCCAAGGAGUACAGAGAGAAGGUCGAGAAGGAGCUGAGGGAGAUCUGCUACGACGUCCUGGGUCUCUUAGACAAAUAUCUGAUCCCUAAGGCAAGCAAUGCAGAAAGCAAAGUUUUCUACCUGAAGAUGAAGGGUGACUACUACAGGUAUCUAGCAGAGGUCGCACAGGGUGAAAACAGAAACACUGUGGUGGACGAUUCCCAGAAAGCGUACCAGGAGGCGUUUGACAUAGCGAAGUCAAAGAUGCAGCCUACACACCCUAUCAGGCUUGGCCUAGCCCUCAACUUCUCAGUGUUCUAUUACGAGAUUAUCAAUUCCCCUGCAAGGGCCUGCCAUUUGGCUAAACAGGCCUUCGACGACGCGAUCGCGGAGCUGGACACACUCAACGAGGACUCAUACAAGGACUCCACCCUUAUCAUGCAGCUGUUGAGGGACAACCUUACACUCUGGACUUCCGACACACAAGGAGAUGCGGAUGAACCACAAGAAGGUGGCGAUAACUGAGCUUUCCUUCCUAAUCCCCUCCAUAAUUAAGUUUCACAAAAAAAUCAAGAAAACCGGAAAAUGUCAGUCUUUGUACAAAAAUUGUGUACCUCCCUUCUAUGGUCCCCAAAGUCAAUGUUCCCUCCCAUGGCCUAUGUUUCCUAUCUGCUCUUUUUUAUGGUCUUGUAUCUCAGUGUCUCCUCCUCCUUUCCCAUCAGACUCUUGGGUCUCUGAGGGGAAUGUGACUGUUCUCCUCUGCAGGCUUAGCUGGUAUGUUGGCUUGCACUUGAACAUAGUUGCAGCUCUGAAAAGUAAAGCAGUUCAAGCAGUAAUGGAGGGUAGGCCUACAGAAAACUCCAGCCCUUUGAUUAGUGGUGUUUGGAAUUAUUUCUCAAUUUCACUUCUACUUUUAAAAUGGUUGUACUUUUCCCCUCAUGAAACUUGCAGUUGGCUUGGUCAAUGUAAACUUCAGAAAACCUGAUACGCUUUAACCAGUCAUCUCCUCUUUUCUCAGAGUUCGUCAAUGUGUGUUCUUUCGGUCGAAAUUACCUCAGAGACCACAGUAGUUUACCAGUUUAUGUCAUAAAUGUUCCCUUUACCAUAUGAAUGUACAUUUUUUACUUGUAAGGUGUAAGCCCUUGUAUGUGAAUUUUAAUCAGUUUGAUGUUUCGGACCACAAAAAUUAAUAAAACAUUCAUCAAAGAUUGUAACUCUUCAGUGUCUUCUUUUUUUAUUUGACCUGUUUUGCAAAGUAUGAGAUUGUUCACAUGCUGUCCUUUCCUGAAAUUGUUCCUCUUGACCUGCAUUAAAUUGCUUUUAUAAAAAAAAUUGUUACUCGUGUGUCUAUGGUAGUUCAAGGGUAUCUUAAGGAACAUGCUAAAGCUGGGAAAAGAUUGGAGGAAGCAUCCUUUCUAAGCUUUACCACUAUUUUGAAGGAACAAGUUCUUGGACAUAAACCUUAAUUCUACCUGGAGGAUCUGGUAUAUUCUGUGUGCUAGUUAUUUGUAUGUCAAUUGUCUUCAGAAUGUAAGUUUCUUCAUUUCAUUUGUGAAAUGUUGUACUCAUUCAAGCUAGACUUAUCACUUUUAAACUGGAGUAGUUUUGCUGGAUGUACAUCAUCUCAUUGUGUUUGUAUUUAAAGUAUGCAUUUUUUUAACAUUUUUUUUAAAAAUCUUUGUUUGACCUUUGGCUAUGGAGUAGCGUGCAUUGCAAAAUGAAUUUUAAUGUCCAAAAGUAGCUUGUUUUAUCGAUUUUCAGUGUACUUCACUGACCAGGAAAGUUUUUGGAUCUUACUGAGCAAGCUGGUCGGAGCAUAUUUGGAAACAUUUACAUUUUUUCUUAACUCUGGCAACAUUGUUAAAGGAAUAAUGGGCAGUGUUCAGCAAGUGUUUGUCAUUUCCAUAUGUGUGUGUGAGAGCAAGUCAAGGGCUUCUAGAUGUUCCUUUCUAUGCCUUUCUAUUUUUUUACACUUUUGUUACUGCCCACUUAGUGCAGAUUUUCAUCUUGGAUGUACGAACCUUUACUUACUUAGAUUAGUUUCAUUUGUUAUUCUCCGAGGAAGAAAGGGAGAGGAGGCUGUUAUGCGAUCUAAACUGUCAAGAGCAUCAUUUUAAUACACACCCAUUAUUUCUCGGUUUUUACAUUUUAUUUACAAUAAAAUGUUUCUUUUUUA